AUGAUUUCCACGGAUUCGAGUGCCAUGACGGCCAUAAGUGCCUUCAUCCUGGCUCCGAACGUCCUCAUUACGGCUGCUCUUCUUGUCGCCGGCAAUGCCGUCUUCUUUCUACUUUCUCGCCGCCCAAAGGGUUUCCCCCCUGGCCCGCCUGGUCUCCCAGGCCUCGGCAACCUCUACCAGAUCAACAAGUCGAUCCCUGCCUUGACCUACAGCGCCUGGGCGCUCAAGUACGGCCAAGACAAGCCCAUGGGCGUCAAGCUGGGCAGCACCAACAUCGUGGUGCUCAACAGUGCGCGGAUGGUGCGCGACCUGUUUGAGCGGCGCGGGGCCAUCUACAGCGACCGGCCGCGGCCGAACGGCGAGGACGAGAAGUGGAAGUUCCAGACGCACCAGGUGCCAGCCUCGCUCUUCCACGACAGCGGGCCCUGGCUGACGCGGUGGCGCAAGGAGUUCAACGGGGCCCUCGGCAGCGCGGCCGCCGUCGCGCGCCUGCACCCGAUGAACGACGCCGAGACGGCCCGCGUGCUGGUCGCGCUGCUCGAGGCCGGCCCGGCCGCCCGGCGCGCCGACCUCGAGGACAUGAUCCUGAGCUGGGUCACGAGCGUGCCGUGCAUCGCCGUGGUCGGGCGGCGGCCCGACGCCAUGGCCCACCACGGCUUUGAAAUGGACGUCUUCCGGCGCCGGACCGCCGGCUACAUGAUGCUCCACAAGCCCGACCUAAUGGACCGGAUCCCGGUGCUCAGGCACCUCCCCGGCAAGUUUGGCAUGGCCCGCUGGAGGGCCAAGUCUCAGGCCGUCGCGAAGGAAGUGUUUGAGAUCAAAGACCAGUUCCUCAGCGCGGCCAAGGAGCACCGGGCGGCGCUGGACGCUGCCGCCGCCGCCGGAAAAGGUCUCAACAACAACAACAACGGAACCGAAGGGCUCUAUGAGAGCCUAGGGGCCAAGAUGCUGCGGGAGCAGCGAGAGAACAGAGACAAGGACGUGUGGACGGACCUAGGCCUUUCGGCGUGGAACAUUGUUGCGGCAGCCAUGUACACGUCGCUUGCCACCUUUUCCACCAUGCUGAUGAUCGUGGCCAAGUACCCAGAGGUGCAGCAACGCAUCAGGGAAGAGGUGCUGCAAGUGUCGGGCGGCGACGGGGCGCCAUUGAAGUCCACUGACGUUGCCCGCUUGAUGUACACGGAGGCAUUCUGGCAUGAGGUCAAUCGGUGGAGGCCGGUAGCCCCCCAGGGCAUUCCACACGCUCCCGCUCAAGAAGACGUGUACGACGGAUACCAGAUUCCCAAGCACACUGCGGUGUACGCCAACGUGUGGCACAUCCACCACUCUCCGGAGGACUACGAGUCGCCGGAAAAGUUCGAUCCGGAGCGGUUCCUACGCCACCCCUUCGGGAUGCGGCCGGGCGCGGCGCACGACCCAACCACCAUGGACGCAUCGGCGGGCUCUGCGACGGCGAGCGCCCGCGCCACGUACUCGUUUGGGUUUGGGCGCCGGGUAUGUCCUGGGAUGCUGCUGGCCAAGCAGAGCCUGAUGCUGGGGCUGGCCAAGAUCUUGUGGGCGUUUGACGUGCUGCCAGCCCAGGCAGGGGAGGAGCUGGAUCUGAACGUCGAGACGGGCUUUGUGCAGGGGCUCAUCACUUUCCACCCCAAGCACCUCGAUGUCUCGCUGAAACUGAGGCCGGGACGCAGCAAGCAGGAUAUCCUGGACCACUACUCGGAGACCUACAAAGUCGAGGCCGAGCUUAUGGGCUGGUAG